UUAUCAAAAGCAUGCUUGUGCCUAAAAUUUGAACCCAGUUUCUGAGAUUUCAGAGAAACAAUUCCAUUGGAUUCAACAUUUCAUCCCUUUAGCUUUUGAAAAUCUCCACUCAUCUUCAAUCUCUGCAUUGUUCUCCUAACAACAAAACCUUGUUUGUUUUUCUGAUUCACAGAAUUCGAGUUCAAACCCCAGUCAUCACCGAAUUACCUGAAAAUCUCAGCAAGAAAAACCACCCAAAUGCUCAUCAUUCAUCAACUCUUUUCGGGGCUUUAAGCAUUUGGAAUAUGUUGCCGGUGGUGUAGAUCGAUCUUAGCAGAGAAUUGAAGUUGCAAUGGAUCAGCAGCCUUUGUACCCGAUUCAAGAGCGCCUCAGGAUCCUUGAAGGAGUUGUCUUCAGGGAUAGGCAGCGGCAGAGGCGGCGAGAGGGUGAAACUCCAAUUCAGAUAACUACCUCUACCGGAGAAUCGGUUACAGUAGAUAGUGAUGUUCAAGAUGAAGGCAGGGUGCACCGGGAAGAAGUUGGUAGUGAUGUUGAAAAGGCGGCGCGCGAAGGUUGGGACCUGCGCAAAAGGAAAAGUGCCUAUUUAGUUGCUAAAGCAUUGGGGUUGGAAACAUACACCGAUGAGGCAGAGGGAUUUAGUGGAAGCUUUUACGAUUGUAAUAUAUGCUUGGAAAUGGCAAGAGAUCCUGUUUUGACCUGCUGUGGUCAUUUGUUUUGCUGGCCAUGCUUCUAUAGGUUGUCAUAUGCUUAUUCUGUUGCAAAGGAAUGCCCUGUCUGUAAAGGAGAGGUCACUGAAGCCAGCAUUAUCCCAAUUUAUGGCAGUGCAAGUGUCGAUUGUAUUGAUAAGUUGGGAUCGGAAGGAGAUGCUUUGAUAGUUCCUGAUCGACCCCAUGCAUCGAGAAUUGAGAGUAUUAGGCAGCAAUGCAGAAGCCCAACAGCUACUCCAAUCCAUGAAAUGAUGAUUAGUUACUUGUUACAUAACUUAGCUUCAUUUGAAGAGCAAUUUCAAUUCGAAACCCCUGGUGCUACAACCAGUAGACCUAACGAUUUGGCUGCUCAAUCUCGCCAGGAGGCAGAAAAUAGUCAGCAUACUUCUUCCUAUCAAUUUUCAACGUUGCCAUUGCACGAAGAUGCUUCACUUUCAUAUGAUUUGGCAAUUGAUCAUUUAGAUAUUCUCUUUCGUGAAUUCGAAUCAUUCCAUAUGAGAUUGGUUUCUGACAAUAGAGGCUCACCUUUUAGCAUUGUUGCUAUAUCAGGGCGUCCUAAUGGAGAUGUUGCUGCAACCAAUUCUGCAACCCCUUCUUUUGUUUCUCCCAUAAGUAGCGAGGAUGACUUUAAUGCUGUUUCGGACACUGAUAUCCACACAACCAAUAGUAGUACACAGACAAUUUCUGCAUACCCACCAUCUUCUACUGGAACAGAUCUUUGAAGUGAGUUUCAAACGAGCCCGGAAGGUGAUAGUUUACAUGAGGGCCCUUUAUGAAAGAACAAUUGGUUGUGUUGACAGAAGGUUACCAUUUGUAUGCAUGCACUGUGAUUUAUCUGUUGCACAACAUUUUCUGUUCAUUUGUCUGAAACAAAAUAUGCUUUCUGGUUUGUGUAUGAAGUGGAAACCACAGUUUUGAGCAAUUUGUAGAGUGCCCUCAAGGAUCUUACAUGACAUAAGAUAUUCUCAAUUCAAGCUUGAAUAAGAACUCAGAAAGAUAACCCCGUUUACUUGUUUCAA